GGGACCGGUGGCAGGGCAGGGGGGCGAGGAGAGGAGGGAGGAUCUGCGAAGUGAGAGGAGAGCGAGUGGGUCCGGCGGGAUCCAGUAGACGCAGGGACAGCGCUCCAGGGAGGCUGGAAGAAAGGAGACACACACAACGCAGAAGAGGAGAGGAUCAGAGAGAGGAUACCGUGACCACACAACAGAGUGGGAUCACAGAGGUGGGAGAAGAGACUCCUAACUUUGGAUACGCUUCCACUGCGCAGAUGCUGGAAUACAAGAUCACCGUGGCGACGGGGACGUCGGAGUACUCCGGCACCAAUAACUACGUGUACGCGACCCUGAUCGGAGAGAAGGGCGUGAGCGAGAGGACUCUGCUGGACAAGCCGGGGCUGGACUUCUGCAGGGGGGCGGUGGAUGAUUACACCGUCAAGAGCAGCGUCCCACUGGGUGAGGUGCUGGUGGUCCGGCUGGAAAAGCAGAGGUACUGGGUGGAGGAUAACUGGUUCUGCCGCUAUGUGUGUGUGAGGCCACCGGGGGGCGCCCUGCUCACGUUCCCCUGCUACCGGUGGCUGGUAGGAGACAUCAGUGUGGAGCUGAGAGAGGGAACAGCUAAAAGGCACUGUGACGACUCUGAGCCCCUGCUCCUGGCCCACAGAAAAAAAGAGCUGCAGGAGAGACAGAAACUUUACCGGUGGCAGGCUUGGGAGUCGGGCAUCCCGAAGUGCAUUGAUGCAAAGACCGAGAAGGACCUGCCCCAGGACGUGCGCUUCGACAACGAGAAAAUGAGCGACUUCGAGGGGUCGCUGCACUUCGCCUUGUUAGAGUUGUCUCUGAAGAAGCUGGUUAUCCACUUUGGGAAGUCCUGGUGUGACCUGGAUGACUUCAAGCGCAUCUUCUGGAAACUCAAGAGCCCUGUGGCUGAGUAUGUGAUGAACCACUGGCGCGAGGACUGGUUCUUUGGUUUCCAGUUCCUAAAUGGCUCGAACCCACGUAUGAUCCGGCGCUGUCGGAAGAUCCCGGAGAACUUCGCAGUGUCGGGGGACAUGGUGCAGGGAUCGCUGGGGCCGCGGACCAAUCUGUCCAAGGAGCUGAAGGCUGGCAACAUCUACCUGGUCGACUAUGCAAUCCUGGAGGGGGUUCCCACCAAUGUCAUCCGGAAUUCCCCCCAGUACCUGUGCGCCCCCCUCUGCCUCCUGUAUGAGCACCCCGACCAGGGGCUGAUCCCUCUGGCUAUACAGCUGGAUCAGACCCCUGGUCUAGACACCCCUGUGUUCCUGCCCACUGAUCCUCCACUGGCUUGGCUUUUGGCCAAGAUGUGGGUGCGUCACUCCGAGUUCCAGAUCUUCCAGUUGCUCUCGCACCUGCUGCGCACUCACCUGGUGGUGGAGGUCAUCUGUGUGGCCACACUGAGGCAGCUACCUGCUGUGCACCCCAUCUACAAGCUGCUGGCUCCCCACCUCCGCUACACCCUGGAGAUCAACUGCCGCGGGCGCACCCAGCUCAUCUCUCCAGAAGGCAUCUUCAAGAGGGUUGUGUCUACGGGAGGCAAGGGGCUGUUAGUUCUCUCCCAGAAGGAGUACAAAGUCCUGACCUACAAGUCCCUGCAGCCAGACUGGGACUUCCAGGACCGUGGGGUGACACGUCUGAGAGAUUACUUCUACAGAGAGGACAGCAUGAUGCUCUGGGAUGCCAUCUACAGUUUUGUGUCGGAGAUGGUGGCUCUGUAUUACUCUGGUGACGAAGAAGUGUCUCAGGACUCAGAGCUCCAGGCCUGGAUUCAAGACAUCACUAAGGAGGGCUUCCAUGAAGUCUCCAAAUUUGGUCUGGCCAGUGAGCUAAAGACCAGAAAGGAGCUGAUUACUCUGCUUGCUGUGGUGCUCUUCACCUGCUCUGCACAGCACGCAGCAACCAACAAUGGACAGUUUGAUUGGUGUGCCUGGGUUCCCAACACCCCGUGCACCAUGCGCCGGCCACCACCCACCAGCAAGGACUCCGUUACCAUGGAGAUGAUCAUGGACACCUUGCCCGACAUCAGCCAAUCAUGUGUGGAGAUGGCGAUCACAUGGCAUCUGGGACGAGCCCAGCCCAAUGCGAUCCCUCUGGGCCAGUACACCGAGCAGCACUUCAUCGAGCCCAAGGCCCUGAAGGUCAUCGAACAGUUCCGGCAGGAGCUGGUCAACAUCGAGAACAAGAUCAUCCAACGGAACGAGGGGCUGGAGCUCAAAUACCUGUACCUGUGCCCCAGCAAGAUCGAGAACAGCAUCACCAUCUAGAGGGAGGGAGGGAAGGAUGGAGGAGACAAACUGACUGGUUUGUCCAGGUUUCUGAUUGAAGCCUCACCAAUUUCAGACUUUCCACCCUCCUUUCCUUCUGCAGUGAGAAGACAUGCGUGCUGCUGGGAGAUCUGUCUGUAAUCCUACAGAAACAGGGACACACUCUCCCAAACUAAUGCUGCACACGAUGAGCAUUAGCAAUAAUUAUUAUCCAGCAAUAAUCCAGGUCAUGUCUUGAGACAGGCUGAGAAGUGGAAAUCUUUUAAAUCCUAUACACAGACCAUGGUAAGAAGUGUGUUAUGCAGUAAGAAAACUGUGAAUCAUAAUCUACUUUUAGUGAAUGCAUUUUGAGUGGGCUAUUCUACCCCUGCCUAUGCUUAAACAUAUUUCUGCAGUGUCAACAAAUAUUUCAGCAUUCAUUCACUAUUAUUCUGUAUUUGCAAAACCAAAUUCUUAAUUUUUCAAAUCUGAAACCUGGGCUGUUAGCAUCUGGUUCUCCACAACCUAUUUUUUUUUUAAACAAAUAACUUUGUAUUUCUACAUUCCUUUUUUUUUGUUAUGUGUGUUAAAGAGUAUUUCAUGAUUCCUCGUUUGAGUAUGUUUUAAGAGUAUGUAUAUCGUCCAUUGCAAAGUAAUAUACAAACAUGAAGGUAAGGGGGAAAUUUAAUGUUGGUUGUUUCUUUGCUGUAAAUGUUUUACUGGGGGAGGGUUGUCUGUGCUGAUCGGUUAAGUGUUAUUUAAAUGCUUGAGUCAAAUAUUUUGUUCAAGAAUGCAAAUCGCUAUCGAAGAGGGGAAAAAGUAGAGACGAGUUAGAAAAGGGUGGGACAGAGGGAGAGAUGGAUCCAUGAACCAGUGGAGUAAAAUAAAUAACCCAUUAGAAGAUGGAAAACAGAUAGGACUAAUAAGAAGUAGAUGAAUGAGCAAUGGGAGAAAAUGAAGAAGCAGAGGGCAUGCAGAAUGAAACAGAGGGGAGGUCAGGUUAGAGAAGGGGUGUCAAGAGUCUAGAAGCCACUCGGAUCAGUCCUGAUGUAUCUAAAGACGCUUUUACUCAAAGGAACUCGCAGAAAACAUCAGCCCCACCUGAUGUUCUGUUCAUUCCUCAGAUCACAGAUUGCUUUGGCACAAACUCCCGCAUGGAACACAAUAAAACCGUUAAUGUCAUGGUUCUAUUUUAGGAAGGGGCAUUUGGAAAGUACACAAUUUGAUACGCGGCUAUCAGCGUCAAGCACUGCAUGUUAAACAGGACGGACGGGAGACAAAUCCUGUACACAACACCUUUUCAGAACAGUUCUUACUCCUAACAGCACAGUCCCUCUGUCGCAAAACCUGGGGUCACAGGUAGUGUACACACUCACCUUCGGCAACCAAACCUGUGCAAACACUUGCCAUCAGUGCUUUGCACAAGUUUUCCUCUGCUACAAGAAUGACACUGUCCAAAUCCCUGUGUUUUCAGCGGACUGUUUCUUUGGAGUAGAGUAUUUUUCCUGGGCUGUAUUAACAUUAAAAGGCUUCAUUAUACUACUGAAAGUUGUGCCCACCACCACAGUGGAUUAGCUUUAAAAAUAAAUUACAUUAAAAUUAAUGAUUUGUGUGUCUGCUGGCGGUGCCAUGUUUUUGGAGCAGGAGAGAACAGCUUGCAAACUAUACGUCUUGUAGUUGGAUGGAUGAACACUUUCUCCUGCUUCUGUUGUAUCUGUAUCUGUUGUAGCUGCUGUGUGCACUGGUAGGUAAGAAGGUCAAAGGGUGACAGAAGAUAGACUGAUAGAUAUACAGCACAUGAAAUGGAUAAAAUGACAAACAGAUAAACAGAGGACAGAGCAUAAAAUUAUUAUA